UUCGAACAUUUGCAAAAGCCGAAAGGGGCGAUCGAAACAUUUAUGACAAACCCUGGGUCAAUUUGUCAUUUGAACUAUAAUGUGAAAAAUCAAAGUUAAUCGAAUGACACUCGACAAUAUCUGAUAUGGAGCGUUCAUUGGGCGCCAAAUAUGUAGAAGCUGUGCCGCCAUAAGAAGCAAUUUCUCUUAACUGACUCUCAUUCUCUUUAGUGUAGAGACGAUUGGAGCUCCAAUUUAGAAAUGAAUGCAAAUCAAUUAAAACCGUUUCCAAAUGUGCGAUGUGCUCGAAGACAAUUGCCAGAUACUUGGUUGGUUGGGUUGGUAUGUCAUCAUUUAAACUUGAUCAAGUCGAGAUCUGCUCUCAGUUGGUGGUUGAGUGUCGUGUCGUGAAAAACUUAAAUCGAAAAUAUAUUCUGGACUAAGAAAAAUUCUAUUAAAAAAAGAUUUGGAAAACAAGGAUAUGCGAGGAGUAUAAUUCAAUUGCAACGUUGUUCUAAACAAAGAAUCCUUGAACUCCAUCAUGGAUCGUGAGGAUUCAUCAAUAUCCAAAUCCUCCUUGGACAUGCCCAUGGCUGAGGGUCUGGAACCAACCAAACCUGUUGGAUUUUUCACACUGUUUCGUUUCUCGACAAAAUGCGAAAUAUUCCUACUCUUCAUUGGAUUUAUAAUGUCCGCCAUAAAGGCAUUAACGCUGCCAGCUGUGGUGAUCAUCUACAGUGAGUUUACCGCCAUGUUGGUGGAUCGAACAUAUCGUAUUGGAACCAGCUCCAAGACUUAUGCUUUGCCACUAUUCGGUGGUGGAAAAACACUUACCAAUGCCUCGGUGGAGACGAACAACGAAGAAUUAUACUACGAUUCCAUAUCCUAUGGCAUUCUACUUACACUAGCCUCUGUGGUCAUGCUGAUAUCGGGUAUAUUUUCGGUUGAUAUCUUCAAUAUUGUGGCACUGCGCCAGGUAACACGCAUGCGCAUGAAGUUGUUCCAGUCGGUAAUGAGACAGGAUAUUGGCUGGCAUGACUUAGCAUCGAAACAAAAUUUUGCACAAAAUAUGACUGAUGACGUGGAAAAGAUCCGAGAUGGUAUAUCCGAAAAGGUGGGACAUUUUCUUUAUCUCAUAAUCGGAUUUGUCAUUACGGUUGGCAUAUCAUUUGGUUAUGGUUGGAAGUUGACUUUGGCGGUUAGUGUCUACAUUCCCAUUGUCAUUGUUUUGAACUAUUUUGUGGCCAAGUUCCAAAGUAAACUAACCACCAAGGAACAGGAAUCCUAUGCAAGUGCUGGUAAUUUGGUUGAAGAGGUCCUAAAUGGCAUACGCACGGUGGUGUCUUUUGGAGGCGAAGAUAAGGAGUCAAAUCGCUAUGAUAAUUUCUUAGUGCCAGCACGAAAGGCCAGCCAGAGGAAGGGCGCCUUCUCUGGUUUCAGUGAUGGUGUUUUGAAAAGCAUGCUGUUCCUUUCGUGUGCCGGAGCUUUUUGGUAUGGUGUAAAUUUGAUUCUAGAUGAUCGUGAUGUUGAGGACAAGGAAUACACCCCAGCCAUUUUGAUGAUUGCCUUUUUUGGUAUCAUCAUUGGUGCUGAUAACAUUGCCCGUACAUCGCCAUUUCUGGAAUCAUUUUCCAUGGCUCGUGGCUGUGCGGCCACAAUUUUUAAAGUCAUCGAUGCUCAGUCGAAAAUCGAUCCCAUGUCAACAGAUGGCAAACUGCUUAACUAUGGACUGCGAGGAGAUGUUGAAUUGGUCGAUGUUUUCUUCCGCUAUCCAUCACGUCCAGAUGUGAUUGUCCAUCGUGGCUUGAGUAUUAAAAUAAAAUCAGGUACAACGGUGGCAUUGGUGGGUUCGUCAGGGUGUGGUAAAUCUACUGUCAUUCAAUUGAUGCAGAGAUUUUAUGAUCCUGUCUUCGGCUCCAUUCUGCUGGAUGACUUGGACAUACGCAAAUAUAAUAUCCAGUGGUUGCGUUCCAAUAUGGCAGUUGUAGGCCAAGAGCCAGUACUGUUCAGGGGAACUAUAGCCGAAAAUAUAAGCUACGGUAAACCAAAGGCCACACAAAAAGAAAUCGAAGAGGCUGCCAAAGCAGCUGGAGUUCACGAAUUCAUAUCAAAACUUCCCGAUAGUUAUAAAACCGUUAUUGGCGAGCGCGGAUCACAAUUAUCCGGUGGCCAGAAACAGAGAAUUGCCAUUGCUCGAGCUCUCAUACAAAAUCCUAAGAUUUUAUUGCUGGAUGAGGCCACAUCUGCCUUGGAUUACCAAUCGGAAAAGUUGGUUCAAGAAGCCUUAGAUAUGGCCUCAAAGGGUCGCACCACAAUUGUAGUCUCACAUCGUUUGUCAGCCAUACGCGGAGCAGAUAAAAUAGUUUUCAUACACGAGGGUAAGGUAAUUGAGGAGGGUUCGCAUGAUGAUUUAAUCGCCUUGGAAGGAGCCUAUUAUAAUAUGGUAAAGGCUGGUGAAAUAAAUGCCCCCGAACCGGAAAACAUGGAAGAUAUUGAUGAAGCGAAAAGAAAUAGCUUGGCCCUUUAUGAAAAGUCCUUUGAAACGAAUCCCGUGAACCUGGAUAAGAACUACAAAAAUAGUUUUCAAAUAGAAGAAACUGAUUUGAGAGGUCAUACCGUUUUAACAGAGGCAACCACCCCCGAUGAGGAUCCAGAAUCAAAACCCAAUUUCUUCCAAACAUUUGGCCGUAUUUUGAAAAUAGCUCGUCCCGAAUGGUGUUACAUUGUUAUGGGCUCCAUUUGUGCCAUUGGUUUUGGUUUUACCUAUCCGGGAUUUUCAAUUGCUUUUGGUGAAUUUUAUGCCGCCUUGGCUGAAGAAGAUCCCCAAGUGGCAUUGGAUCGCACAGCCAUCUUGGCGAUAAGCUGUCUGGUGAUUGGAGUACUCACAGGUCUGGCAUGUUUCCUGCAAACGUAUCUCUUCAAUUACGCUGGAGUUUGGUUAACAACGCGAGUGCGUUCAAUAACCUUCAAGGCCAUUAUGCGCCAGGAGAUGGCUUGGUUCGAUAAGGAUACCAACAGUGUGGGAGCAUUAUCGGCCCGGUUAUCAGGAGAUGCGGCCGGAGUUCAAGGAGCCAUUGGCUAUCCCCUGAGUGGUAUCAUACAGGCAUUCUCAAACUUUGUGGUGGGCUUGACAUUGUCUUUUUAUUAUUCCUGGAAAUUGGCCUUGCUGUGUCUAAGUACAUGUCCCAUCAUUGUGGGUUCCGUGAUCUUUGAAGCCAAAUUCAUGACCACAUCAAUGAUAAGAGAAAAACUGGUGUUGGAGGAGGCUUGUCGCAUUGCCACCGAAGCUAUUGCGAACAUACGAACGGUGGCUGGAUUACGUCGAGAGCAGCAACUUAUUGACAGAUACAAUCGGGAAAUACAAAAUGUGGAAAAGCUCAUUAGACAAAAGCUCAAGUAUCGGGGCAUAAUAAAUGCCACCGGCCAGGCCUUUCUAUUCUUUGCCUAUGCUGUGGCCCUUUGCUAUGGGGGUGUGUUGGUAUCGGAGGGGAAGAUUCCCUUCCAGGAUAUCAUUAAGGUCUCCGAAACUUUACUCUAUGGAUCUAUGAUGUUGGCUCAAUCUUUGGCAUUUGCUCCGGCAUUUACGGCUGCCCUGGUUGCGGGCCACCGUUUAUUCCAAAUAUUGGAUCGUCAGCCUAAAAUCACCAGUGCCGUUGUACCAGCAAAGAACACAUUUGCAAAGCAACUGAAUCUUUUCGAAGGAAUUCGUUAUCGUGACCUAGAAUUCCGCUAUCCGACUCGCUUGAAUGUUAAAAUUCUAAAUGGCUUUAAUCUGGAAGUGUUGCAGGGUAAAACCGUAGCUCUGGUCGGUCAUUCCGGUUGUGGCAAGUCAACAUGCAUACAAUUGUUGCAACGUUAUUACGAUCCGGACAAUGGAACAAUUCACAUCAACAAUGAUGACAUCCACACCGAUCUGACCUUGGAAAAUCUACGCAGCAAAAUUGGCAUUGUGUCACAAGAGCCUUCAUUGUUUGAACGCACUAUUGCUGAGAAUAUUGCCUAUGGCGAUAAUUCUCGACAGGUUACCAUGCCUGAGAUAAUAGCAGCAGCCAAAAGUGCCAAUGCGCAUUCCUUUAUUAUGGGUCUGCCAAAUGGUUAUGACACUAGAAUGGGGGCUCGUGGUACCCAGCUAUCAGGUGGACAAAAACAACGAAUUGCCAUUGCUCGUGCCUUGGUACGCAAUCCAAAGGUACUGCUCCUCGACGAGGCAACUUCAGCCUUAGAUUUGCAAAGUGAACAGCUGGUCCAGCAGGCUUUGGAUGUGGCCUGUGCCGGUCGCACGUGUAUUGUUAUUGCCCAUAGAUUGUCCACCGUACAAAAUGCCGAUUUGAUUUGUGUCGUUCAAAAUGGACGCAUCGCCGAGCAGGGAACACAUCAUCAGCUGAUGGCCAAAGAUGGUCUUUAUGCCAAACUCCAUAAGACUCAAAAGGAACAUUAAAUGUUUUUUAUGAAUAAUUGUUAUACCUACAUUCUUUGUUAAUGUUUUUUUUUACUUUUAAAACAAAAAUAUGUUAAGUUCUAAUAUCGUAUCGUAUUUUAAAGAAACCAUAAAUUUUCAUUAUUUUUAAUGCACAAAAUGAACGACAUAAUGAUGCACUUCUUCUGGAAGCAUAGAAAAUGUUUAAACUAAUCCAUCGAAAUCUAGUUAAUCUUCUACACUUCAUUAUUACUGUUAGUAUUGAGAUUUCAAAUUGAUAACAAUCAAAAUAUUGUAUGUUGUAUACAUCAAGUCUGAACGAAUUGUUUCCUGUCCAUUAUUACAUUGUAUUACAAAUAAACCAAUCCUUCUUUUUGGUUUGCCCAAUAAAUAUUGCUACAAUUUCAAGAUACUAUA